AUGUAUGUGGGCAGCAGCAUCACAGUGCCAUGGUUGGAGCAGACCACAGCUAAGGGCCUGAAGAUCAUUCUGUGCAAGGGAAACAUUCAGGACCAGACUACUGAUGCCAUUGUCAACACCAUCUCAGAGGACAUGAACCUGAACCAGGGGGAUUUGUCCAAAGCCAUCCUGUCAGCGGCUGGGAGCAGCCUGCAGGACGCCAUCUACUCUGCAGCCACAGGGUCCAAGUUGCCAUCCGGCAAUGUCGUCGUCACAGACGGCUACAACCUCACAUGCCAGAAAGUCUUUCAUGCCGUUUGUCCAUCAUGGGACAAUGGAGGUGGCAAAGCAGAGGAGUUAACGUCCAUCAUCAGAUACUGUCUGGAGGAGGCUGAGAAACGUCAGAUGGCAUCGUUGUCCUUCCCAGCCAUCGGGACAGGAAACCUGAGCUUCCCCAGAGCCCUGGUGUCCAAACUCCUGCUGAGAGAGAUCCGCUCGUACAGCAGCAGCAGAAACCCUCGCUGUCUGAGAGAGGUGGUCAUCGUAACACAUGAAAUAUAUUAUCAGUGUUUCACCAGAGAGUUCACCGGUCAGAGGAACGUCCAACAUGAAGCACGUGGUUUUCAUGAGGUACCAGCUCAACAGGCUGUCGACCAAUCACAGCACUCCUCAGCCUCCUCUCUCCCAGUCUUGCCCCCCUCCCUCGGUGUGUACCAGAAGCAGAUCGGUCAACUUACCCUUGAGGUGUCAUCAGGUGACAUCACCAAAGAGUCCACUGAUGUUAUUGUGAACUCGUCCAAUCAGAACUUUAGCCUUAAAGCAGGAGUGUCCAAGGCAAUCUUAGACGGUGCUGGAGUAACAGUUGAGCAGGAGUGCGCUCAGCUUGUGAGUUCCACGGCUCAGCCUCCUCCAAUGAUCCUGACAUCAGCCGGGCAGCUGCCCAGCAGGAACAUCGUCCACGUCGUCGGCCAGAACGACCCUGCAAGCAUUAAAAACACGGUUUACUCGGUGCUGAAGGUCUGUGAGGAGAACAAGUUCAGCUCUGUCGCCUUCCCAGCCCUGGGAACAG